GUUGGUUACUUUUCUUCCUGAAAUCACACUUCACACUCCAGACCAGUAGGUGGGGGUAAUGCACCUUCAGUUGGUCCUGCAUCCUCCAUAAACCUGGUAGAAGAAGAAGAAGUAGGGUCUCAGAUUAGGACGCUGCGCUGUAGAAACUGGUCGCUAAAUUCAGCUAAGAAUCAGCUGCAUUAACUAGUAGCUCCAUAUCUACUAGCUUUACUGAAGCCUCCAUUUACCUCCAGUAUAUGUUUAACUUCUCUUAUUAUGAUAGGUAGAUUAGAAGAUCCAGCUCUGAUCAGCAGCAGCUCCACACCUCUGUACUCAGACUGAUCUGCUGGAGGAACACCAUCAGCUCACCUGCUGCAGAAAUAAAUACCAUCCUAUUCCAAGUCUUAUCCUGCUUCUGUUAUUGAUUGCCCAACCUGGAUAAAAUUUAGCUUCACAAAUACAUAUUCAGAAGAUUUAACAAAGAUAUUAAGCUGCUGGACGAAGGGGAGAACAUGGAAUCCAGAGAAAUCUCCAAUACUCAGCCAACAUCCUCUCCUACACCUAGCAGACAAAUGCAGAAAAGCACAGGCAAGAAAAUUCACCACUGUUCAGACUGUGGGAAAAGUUUUAAUCUUCAGAGUCAUCUUAAAAGACACCAGCGCAUUCACACAGGAGAGAAACCAUAUCAAUGUUCAGACUGUGGGAAUAGUUUUGCUACGCAGAGUGAUCUACAACAACACCAGCGCAUUCACACUGGAGAGAAACCAUAUCACUGCUCAGACUGUGGCAAGAGUUUUACCAAACAGAGUACUCUACAACAACACCAGCGCAUUCACACAGGACAAAAACCAUUUCACUGCUCAGAGUGUGGAAAGAGUUUUAAUCAGCAGGGACAUCUCGAAGUACACCUGCGCAUUCACACUGGAGAGAGACCGUAUCACUGUUUAAUCUGUGGAAAGAGUUUUAAUCAGAAGGGUCAUGUCGAAGCACACCAGCUCAUUCACACUGGAGAGAAACCAUAUAAAUGCUCAGACUGUGGAAAGAGUUUUAAUACACAGAGUUAUCUCAAAACACAUCAGCGCAUUCACACUGGAGAAAAACCAUAUUACUGCACAGACUGUGGGAAGAGUUUUUAUCAUCAGAGUCAUCUCAAAAGACACCAACGUAUUCACACAGGAGAGAAAUCGUAAUACUGCUCAGUCUGUGAAAAGAGUUUUAAUCACCAUGGUCAUCUAAAAACACACCAGCACAUUCACACUGGAGUGUAACCGUAUCGCUGCUCGGAGAGAAAAGCUUCAGGCAUUUAUAUACAUUGAUGAGACGCAAGUGCACUAAGAGUAUUCAUGGCAUUUAUGCACCUACAACCCCUGGAAAAAAUAAUAGAAUCACCGGCCUCGGAGGAUGUUUAUUUAGUUCUUUAAUUAAAAAAAAAAAAAAGCAAAUCACAGACAUGACCCAAAACUAAAGUCAUUUGAAAUGGCAACUUUCUGGCUUUAAGAAAUACUAUAAGAAAUCAAGAAAAAAAAUUGUGGCAGUCAGUAAUGCUUAAUUAUUUAGGCCAAGCAGAGGAAAAAAAUUAUGGAAUCACUCAAUUCUGAGGACAAAAAUAUGGAAUCAUGAAAAAUAUACAAAAGAACACUCCAGCACAUCACUAGUAUUUUGUUGCACCACCUUUGGCUUUUAUAACAGCUUGCAGUCUCUGAGGCAUGCACUUAAUGAGUGACAAACAGAACUCUUCAUCACUCUGCUUCCAACUUUCUUUGAUUGCUGUUUCCAGAUCAGUUUUGCAGGUUGGAGCCUUGUCAUGGACCAUUUUCCUCAACUUCCACCAAAGAUUUUUAAUUGGAUUAAGAUCCGGAUUAUUUGCAGGCGUGACAUUGACCUUGUGUCUUUUUUUCAAGGAAUAUUUUCACAGCUUUUGCUCUAUGACAAGCAGCAUUAUCAUCUUAAUAAAUGAUUCAUCAUCCCCAAACAUCCUUUCAAUUGAUGGGAUAAGAAAGUAUCAACGUAAACUUGUGCAUUAAUUCAAGAUGUAAUGAAAGCCAUCUUCCCAGUGCCUUUACCUGACAUGCAGCCCCAUAUCAUCAAUGACUAUGAAAAUGUGAAUGUUCUCUUCAGGCAGUCCUCUUUAUAAAUUUCAAUGGAACCAAACAAAAGUUCCAGCAUCGUCACCUUGCCCAAUGCAGAUUCAUCAUGAUUUAUCACUGAAUAUGACUUUCAUCCAGUCAUCCACAGUCCACCAUUGCUUUUCCUUAGCCCCUUGUGACCUUGUUUUUUCUGUUUAGGUGUAAAUGAUGGCUUUUGUUGAGCUUUUCUGUAUGUGAAUCCCAUUUUCUUUAGGCGUUUACUUAUAGUUUGGUCACAGACGAUGACUCCAAUUUCCUUCCAUUCGUUCCUCAUUUGUUUUCUGUCUUGACGCUUUGAUGUCUUCCUUGGUUUACCAGUACGCUUGCCUUUAACAACCCCCCCAUGUUGUUUGUAUUUGGUCCAGAUUUUAGACACAGCUGACUGUGAACAACCAACAUCUUUUGUAGCAUUGUCUGAUGAUUUACCCUCUUUUAAGAGUUUAAUAAUUCUUUCCUUUGUUUCAAUUGACAUCUCUCGUAUUGGAGCCAUGAUUUAUGUCAGUUAGAGGUGGGCGAUAUCGGGAAUUUUGGUAUUGAUCCGAUACCACGUAAAUGCAGUACCAGUAUUGCCGAUAUCAAUACUGAUACCGAUACUUUUUAAUAUUUAAGCUUCAUAGAUCCAAAAGUCGUGACAACAAAAUAUAUCAUCACAAUCAACAUUUUUGUUUAGAAACAAUGGAAAAAGUAACAAAAAAAGUUUGCCUUAACAUUAGGAUUUUUUUUUUUUGAGGUAGAAAAGGAGAAAAGACAAUACAAAAGUAAAAUAUAAAUUCUCCCCUCACUAGACAUCUAGACACUAGACAUUUAUAGUUCUUUCUUUCUUUUUUCAAAUAGAAUUGUUUUUAGGAAAAACAAUAAAAUAAGUAAUUUUCUUCCUUUCAAUGCAAUUCUGUUUUUUCUUAAAUAAACAGCGUGUAAAAAAAAUCCCCCCAAAAAUUAAAUAAAUAAAUACACCGGGGGUAGGGUAACUGGAGACGUGUGACUGGAGGAGAGCGCUGAGUGGCUAAGAGAGGCAGAGAACGCAGCACUACUCUUACAGACAGAGAGUAGACUUUGAUGAACCCAUAUGUGCAGCAGUCAGUGCACACGGGAGAAAAAAAAAAGCGAUCGAUCAUUUUACACUACUAUUGCUCAAUAUCAGUAUUAUCAGCGAUAUUGAUCGUUAUUGAUUAGCGUAUCGAUAUUAGAUCGAUCCGCCCACCUCUAAUGUCAGUCCACUUGGUGCAACAGCUCUCCUAUAUGUGAAAACUCCUAUAUAGAUGCAGGUCUAAUUUGAUGCAGGGAAUGAAAAUUUACAGUGUGAUUCUAUAAUUUCUCCUCAGAAUUGAGUUCCACACUUUUUUUCCCCCUCUGCUUGGUCUUAAUAAUUAACCAUUACUGACUGGCACAUUUUUUUUUCUUGAUUACUUAUAGUGUUUCUUAAAGCCAGAACUUUCCUAUUUGAAAUUACUUUAGCUUUGUGUCAUGUCUGUGAUCUGCUUUUUUUCUACAAAAUUAAACAACUGAAUGAACAUC